UGGGCAUACUGAGUGCCUGUAUGGCGACGCGAGAUAAGCACUUCUUUUCUAAACAAGUUGAAUUCUGCUUUUUUGUUUUUUGCCGUUUGUGUAAAAAAAAAAACAGAAGCACUUUUUACAAGUUACAAAUACUAGCUAAUCCCUCAGAUCUUCUACUUUUUUCUCAAACACUUUAAUCACUUGUAAGUCUUGAGUUGCUUCUAACUUCUACUUCAUAUUUUUUAUUUUAAUAAAUAAACACAUAUUUUAAACUCAUCCAAACGGCUUUCUAUUAUGUCUCAGUAUCCAGGAAACGAAACCAAACCAAACCAAACAUACCCAGUAGGCCAGUAUUUCCCGCUUAGAGCGGGGUUUGGGGAAGGUAAGAUGUACGCAACCAUGCCCUUAGAGAGUAGGGAGGUUGUUUCCGUGAACGCUCCCGACUUAGUACACAAUAUACAAGAUAGUGUGUGAGUUUGAGAUAGUACCUUAGCCCGUGGUAUUAUUCACACAGGACUCGCAUGAAGAAGAAGCGAUCAUUAGCGGGAAGAAAACGAUUACCAGAAGACGCAAUCAUUGGUUUUUUGUAUUUGCGGAUGUAGUCCAUUGAUCCCCAUAGAAUACUCGCAACCCAUUCACCUUCUUCCUCAGAACCUUUACCCUUAUCUUCACCAAGAAAUUCACACCUUGAUUCGCUUUUAUCUGCUUCCACCCGCCUGGCGAUGAAGACCCUCCUCUUCGUCCAUGAUCUUUUAUACAUGGUACUCACCUUUGUCAUGAAAUCCUUCGUCAGUGAAUAAUAUAAGCCCUUCUUUUCAGACCAGGGUCACCCCUGUGCCCAUGUUUUUUUCACAUCGGUAAAAUGGAAGAAAAAGAAGUUGUAAUCGCCGCAAAGAUCGUAAACAGCCAAUCCCUACCAGUUAUCCCUUGAUAGGGGCUGCUUUUUCUUGUUGUCUCCGUACAAUUUGCUCCCGGUUGUAUUGAUCAGAUGAUGAGGAAGAAUCCAUGGGGAGAGAAGUUGUGCACAUACUCUCAAUUAUCUCCACAUUAAACAUUAAUCCAUCUUUUCAUAACCCCUCCAUUUUUGCGACAACAAACGCUAAAGUCUUUUAUACAAUCGAACCAACUUUACUUGCACUCAAUUUUUUGAUCCAGGCAUCCACAUACACAUUUAAUAUGGUCGUAAAGCGUAGAUGAAUACGUAAACUAAUUAACAGUUUCUCCAAUUACCCUUUUGUCUCUCAUUCCGUCAAUUCGGAAACCACAACAGUAUCUAGAACAUAUUUCACUAAUUUCAAUUAUAAUAAUAUGUCUUGUCCCCACUAUAUAUUUAAUAUUUUAUUAUUAAAAAUUUUCUUUUAUUAUUAAAGAAUAAAAUAAAACAGAGAGAGAAAAAAAGUGUCUGUAAUACUUUAUAAUAAAUUUAAGACAUGUUAAAGAAAGAGAUGCUUUAGAAAUAAGGUUUGAAGAGGUUGUCCCAGUGAUAUAAGUUAUCACUGAGAUAUUGUUUAAUCAAGAUUUUUUUAUAUCAAAUGUCAUAAAUAAUAACUUAGCAUCAUAUAAGACAUCUCUCGAAUUUCCUCUUUUGACAUAAGAUUGUUAAAAUACAUGUUAGUGAUUUUAACACGCUUUAGUAUAAUAUCUAGAAACUAGAUUGGAACUUGUUUGUUAUUAUCAGGAUAAAAAUUUUCAUGUUUUGUCCCAAAAUAUUUGUGUCGAAUUCACAAAUAUAUCUAAACACAGUUGCUUGCCUGAAAUCAAAUUUGUGAAUUUUUCCUUACAUUGAUAUUGUAAAAGAAAGAUAUUGAGUUUAUAUAGUAUCUCGUGUUAGUGUUGUUUACGAGUAUCUGUACAAGUGGAAUGUUUAUAUAAGCAAGGUGCCAGUGAGAAUUUUAUAUAUUAUGUUAUUAAAAAUUUAUUUUUUUGUAUUGAUUAUUUAAUUAUUAACAUUAAAUAUACUGAGUAAUGAUCAUAUUUUUAAUUAGACUCGAUAAUAUAUUUUAUAAUAUUAAUAUCACUUAAUCAUGAUAAUAAUUAAACCUAUUUUGUUCAAUAUUCUAUUUCCUUACUCUAGAUUCAACAUCGACUAAAAUCUAUAAGGAGGCCAAGAUGUGCGAAAGAAUAAUUAAGACUUUAUAAGUGGUUAUUAGUGAGGUUCAAUUGGUUUCAAUGAACCUCCGUCACGUUUUAGUAGCUCACAGGAGGUAAUGUUGUCCAGACGAGUUACGUACGAGGUUCCAUUUUAUAUGCUAGAUUCUGCCGGAAACUCCUAAAAUCAGUUUGUAUCGUUACAAAAGACUAUUCGGAUGAUCAUAAAGAACCAAAAAUGUGACUGAUCUAUUAGAACUACAUUACACUUGAUUUUCCUCUAAAUGGUGAAUAUGUAGAUUAUUUGUCGGGAUACAGAAUCUUAAAUAAGAAUAAGAGCUCUCAUUUCUGGCUAUCUAGUCUAGGCUAGUUUUGCAUAGAUUUUGCAUAGUCCUAAUCCAACGAAAACCCGACAAUAAUUUAAAAUAAUUUACGCAAUCUCGCGGAGAGUGUUGGACCACAUUUCUGAACCUUUCCAACCAGUUGAUAUUAAACAGUUUUCGAGACAUAUUUUAUGAGACAUCACAUCAUGUUUCUAGGUAAGAUAAUAAACUUUCUAAACUAAAGAAGGAUUUAUGCUUCAUGAGGAAAAGGAAUGCACAGAAUGCAGUUUUCAAGGAAGUUUCUUUGAGAGAAAACGUAAUCUCGCGGAGGUUUUUUUUUGUUUUUAUAAUUGUUUAUACUACCAAUUAUGGGGGAGGGAAACAGUCUUCGUGUGAUGCUUAUUGGUCUCACAUUCUCGGCAACCGCACUACGUCAAAAUGAUAAGAAUCAAUUCAAGUAAUGGACAUUCGAAAAAAGAAAGAAAAGACCAUGCAUGUUUUCUACUUCAGAUUUAAGAUCAUGCAUGUUUUCUACUUCAUAUUUACUCAACAAGUAAAUGGUUCAGCGCUUCAUAUUUAUCAAUCAGUUUAAAUCAAAAUUAAACUUCAGUAGUUUGAUUUGGCAUGAUCUUUUACGGAAACCAGUGCAUAUCAAUAGAUCAUCACGGAUGUUGGUUUGUCGAAGGAUUUGGCAAGGUUUCACGCGUUUUCUAAAUGAUUUUGGCAUGACAACCGUAUUCUUGUGAUUGGGGCGUCUGCAUUCGUGUCAACAUAAUCUACAAUGAUAUUACAUAGGGUGGAGGAUGGAAAGAAAUAGGUUCCGAUAGAUUGGUGGCGGUUAGUGUAUUAACAGUUGUUGCUUUGGCAGCGUGGAUAAAAGAGAAUCGACAUGGAUGGAUUACAUAAGAAGAAAUCAAGUUAAUUCAAGAAAGUGUGCAAUGACAAUCCUUAUCCAGUUUGAUAUCUCCGUUUCAGAUCAUUAUCACCCGUCAUUGACGAACAGAACUGUUUAGAAAAAAAUGCGAGAAGCCAAAAAAAAAGGUAUGAAAUCAAAAAAUUUAAACAGAGGAAGGACGGAGGCUGUAUACUAAUCAUUUAUUCAUACACAACACAAACACACGGCUCUUUCUUUGCUUUCUUCAGUUUCUUCUCCUCGACAAAGUCGAAGCAAGUAAGACUCCCUCCUCCACUAUUUCAUGCAUUUUCUUUCCUUGCUUCUUUUGCUUUCUUGUUGUGGACAUGGGGUUUCUUUGGGACUUACUGUACUUCUCUACUUGAAACUAUGUUGAGAUUUUGCGUCGCAUUUGUCUAUGUACAUUUUUGGUUUUUCUGGUUCCCUCACUUGGUGUAAAUGCAUUUCUGAAUAUUUUUGCUGACCCCAUUUUUAUUCGGGAUUUGUUCUUAUGCGGAUACCAAAAAAAAACAGAAUAUUUCUGAUUCUAUUUUUAUAAUGCUAGAUUUAUUUGGAUUUUGGUGUAAUCGAUUUAUUGGAUUUCUUGCAUUUUACUACAGGACUUUUGAUUUAUGGUUAAUGAGAAUCGAAAACUUAAACUCACGCGUUGAUAAUUAGAUUGUGUUUAGAAUUUAGAUUAGCAGUUUUGUAAUCCGAAAUGAGAAUCUCAUUCCCUCUUUGGUGGUUGAACCGGUCAUUUCAUAUUUCUGUGAUUCCCGAUGAUGGUUAAAUCAUUUGUUUCAUAUCUAUGUAUUACCCAUCUCCGUAUCAUUCAGUCAUAUUCAUGAUUCUCAUUCUCAUUCUCAUUUUCAUCCUCAUCCGUCAACCAAACGCCCCCAUAGGCUUGAUGGACUACUUUAUUAUUUUGAUAAUAUGCAUUGGGUUUCAUAUUCCUCGACAUGCCUCAUAUGCCAUACGUGCUUCGUACUAAUUAUUUUCAACCAUUUCUUGUUGCAUGCUUCUCUUUGACUUUAGUUAUUGUAUAUGUAUGAUACUUUAUUUUUAAGUAUGUCUUGCAAAUUUUCUUAAUUAGCCUUACUUUGUAAUGUGGGAGACGAGUAGUGGUAAGUUCGCGAGUAGUGGUAAGUUCGCGUACAUCAAACACUUACCUACGCAAUUCAGUUGAUGUGUUCUUUGUUUGUUUAAUUAACUAUAUAUGACUACAUGUCAUUCUGCUCUCCUCAAACACUCGUUUACUCGCAUUUAGAUGAUGUGUUGGGCUUAUUUGUAAAGAUUUAUCUACCAAUUAAGCGUAGGUACCAUGGGCGGGGAGAUUACACCCGACAAACUGCUCCAUAAUGUUAUGGAAACACUCUCUGGUGGUGAUGGUGGUACUUCUAGGCAGAACUCAGGGUCAUUUUUGCAUAAGGAGACCCCGAAUUCUGAUACUUCCAAGUUUAGCAAACUUUUUGGUCGCCAGAAACCUGUUCACCAUGUUUUGGGAGGUGGCACAUCUGCUGACGUGCUACUGUGGAGGAACAAAAAGAUCUCAGGCAGUGUGAUAAGUGGGUUCACUGCAGUGUGGGUGCUGUUUGAAUGGCUUAAUUACCAUUUUCUUCAACUCUUCUGCUUUGCUGUGGUUCUUGGUAUGCUUGGUCAGUUUGUUUUGUCAAAUGCUUCUGCCAUAUUCAAAAGAUCACCUCCUAAAGUCCCUCGUCUGCUCUUGCCUGAUAAUCUAUUUGUCAACAUUGCUAUCUUCAUUGGUGCUGAGUUGAAUCGGGGAUUGGGUUUUCUUCAGGAUGUUGCUUGUGGUGGAAAUAUAAAGCAGUUUCUAGUGGUUGUAGCAAGCUUGUGGGCAGCUGCUGUGGUCGGAAGCUGGUGCAAUUUUCUGACUGUUGUGUAUAUUGGUUUCGUUGCUGCCCACACACUCCCUGUUCUGUAUGAGAAGUAUGAUGAUCAAAUCGAUGCUAUUGUCUACUACAUUCUUGGGCAACUUCAGAAUAAAUAUAGAGACUUUGAUGCAAGUGUGCUCAGCCGAAUUCCCAGGAGAGAAUACAAUGCUAAAAAGUAUGAAUAAAAUUUCUCAGUCUUCAGGGACUAUAUAAUAUAUCUCAUCCACAGAAGAUUAUCAUU